CGGCAAUCCUGCAUGAGCGCGCCUCCAGACAUUGCAGAUUUUGCCGCGAGAUCCCCAUUUACUCGUGUCAUCUUAAUCAGAUGGACAAGACAUAGCAGACACCAAUCGAAUCCCGACGCCUCGAAGCACGAGCAUCCUGCACACAAUGUCUCAACAUUUCAUCGGAACCCUGGGUACGGUGAUCAAAGUUCGUGCACAAAAGGCAGCAGCGGCUGUACACGAGAAUAGACCCAACAAGCCCGAUGACUUCAGCUUCAUCCUUCCGGAUCGAACACGAAAUCUGGCCAUAACACAAAAGUUUCAGUACGAACCAUUGCGCGUGGGACCGUCGUCCAUACGGCUCAUCGAAGUCUUUCCCGGUACCAGGCAGGAGGACAUAGAAUGUCGUCUGUACGAAACCUCUCUGGACAAGUGCGCGGGUUCUUACGCGGCACUGAGCUAUGUAUGGGGUAAUAAUACAGAACACACGCCUAUCCAAGUCAAUGGUAAGACUCUGGAUAUCCGUCCCAAUCUUCGGACCGCGCUACUCAAUUUACGUGAACCGGACCGUCCAAUCACCUUGUGGGUUGAUGCAAUUUGCAUCAAUCAAGGACCAUCAGACGAGGCGGAGCGCAGCGAACAGGUUAAGAUCAUGGGUGAUAUUUACCGACGGGCAUCGAGGACUAUCAUCUGGCUGCGAGACAGUGUUGAAAAAGACACCGAAAGUGCGUUUACUAUGUUGAGAGAGCUGGCCAAGGACGCACGCGAGCGGCUACACCUGCGUCGUGACGGGGACAGUGGUCUCUCUAGCUGGCGACUCGAGAGCGCGAAAGACAUGUUGCACCUUGCAAACGUGCCAUCAUGGAAUUCUUCGGAGGGGAAAACCAUCCAGCACGUGCUCGAGUCCGACUGGUGGUGUCGCUCUUGGACAUUCCAGGAGAUCAUCCUCGCAACAAAUGCGACCGUUAUGAUUGGACGUUAUUCAAUAUCCUGGGAUGAUCUCUGCUUGGGCGGAAACCAUGGGCUCGGCGUGGUGCGUUUAUGGAACAGCGUCGAACUUGGUGUUUUGUACCAAGACAUUGUCACACGAUACCUGUCUUUGCAGAUAUCGGAGAUCUUAUUUCGCAACUGCACAGCAACCGUCGCGAACAGGCUCCUCGAAAUGAUGAUUCGAUGCCAAUUUCGCGGCGCGACAAAACCCCAUGACAAAAUCUACUCUCUGCUAGGUCUCAUGAACAAGAACACGAACAAGACGGAGGCUCUGAUACCUCACCCGAGCCAGCCCACAGAACAGGAGUUGGUUCUGGGUAUAAAGCCAGACUACUCCCUCCCAAUCAGCGCGGUCUACUCCGACUUCGCAUGUAGACUGAUACGCGAAACUGGAUCGCUUGACAUCCUCGGAGCAUUGCCCACAAACCCCCGGCAAAGAUUCUCAGCUACACCGGGGCAUGUCCGCAAGACCGACGUCGUCAACGCCCAGGACGAAACAGUCGCAGAAGAGGUGGAGGAGGAACCGGAUGACAAGCUAGCUGUCUACUGGCAGACACUAUGCACCGGCACGUACCCCAGCCGCACCGAAGCCAGCAAAGAAGCCCCGGGCCGCGGCCGCAAGAUCGCGGCGCAGAAGUACUUCUACAGCUGGCGCGCGUCUCUCAAGACACUGAGCGACCUCCAUCGGUGGAAUGUAGGGAGUCGGACCAGGCCCAUCGCGUUCCUAGGCUACCUGCGUAAGACGCGGCGACAGUAUGGCGGGUUCUUCCGGUUUCUCGACGGGAGUUACGGCCGGCGGCUCGCUCGCGGCGCAAAUGGGUACCUGUGCUUGGUGCCUUCGUCAGCGGCGGAGGGCGAUGUGAUAGUGCUUGCCAAGGGUGGGAGAGUGCCUCUGGUGGUAAGGCCUGAUGAACAGGAUGGAGGGGAUAGAUAUUGGAAGGUUGUAGGCGAGGCGUAUGUGCAAGGCAUAAUGGACGGUGAAGAGUGGGAUGAGGCGAAGUGCGAACAAUUCAAGGUCCGCUGA